UCGGAAGUGACGUGGAUUGAACGCACCGCAGAGGGAGGAACACGGCCGGGCCAUCAAAGAAAUUUCUGUUACUUAGCCAAAUUUCCAACUCCAAUUUUGAGAAUUGCGAGACGAAUUGGAGCAGAUCAGCGAGUUCUUUACUGUGAGUCGGCUACUUCUUUCUCCAGAUUUCUCAUUCAAUCUUUAAUCCUGACAACAACGCAGUUGGUAUUUUCAGGGAUGUAUUGAGCUCUGCGUUUGAGAUCUGAUCCCUAAUCUAUCAAUAACCCAUCAUUUUUCUCUGCACACCAUGGGGAUUUUGUUUACUCGAAUGUUUUCUUCGCUUUUUGGGAAUAAGGAAGCUCGGAUCCUUGUUCUUGGCCUCGAUAAUGCCGGGAAAACUACAAUUCUCUAUCGGCUCCAGAUGGGGGAGGUUGUCUCCACUAUUCCAACAAUUGGAUUUAAUGUUGAAACUGUUCAGUACAAUAAUAUCAAAUUCCAGGUCUGGGAUCUUGGAGGACAGACUAGUAUCAGACCAUACUGGAGAUGCUAUUUUCCAAAUACACAAGCUAUAAUCUAUGUGGUUGAUUCAAGUGAUACUGAUAGACUGGUCGUAGCAAGAGAGGAGUUUCAUGCAAUACUUGAGGAAGAAGAGUUGCGGGGUGCAGUUGCCUUAGUUUUUGCAAAUAAGCAGGAUCUUCCGGGUGCACUUGAUGAUGCUGCAGUCACAGAGGCUUUAGAGUUGCAUAAGAUUAAGAACCGCCAAUGGGCUAUAUUUAAAGCCUCUGCUAUAAAAGGAGAAGGUCUUUUUGAGGGAUUGGAUUGGUUAAGUAACACCCUGAAGUCUGGAGGUGGCUAACUCUUACCGGCCAAAGAAGAAUAUUUGAGGCACCCAGUUAGAGAAUACGAUGUUUAAACAUUAUGACUUGCAGAAGAGAACUCAUUUGCCGAUUGAUUUCGCCAGUUUUACUUGCUUUUUCAGUCACAAUUUUUUUUAAGGGAACGAACUAUUGGUAUACAUGUAAAAUUGUUUUCAUUAAAGAUGGUGACCACUGGAGUUUUCACCGACUCUAUUUUUCUCGUUUCCCAUCUUUAAUUGAUGUGAUUUGAAGCAUAUUUGUUACUAUGCCUAAAGAUUGUACUUUAAUCACUAAUUCCCUUGAAGAGGAUAUUCUUCUCUGAAGCUUA